CAAUAAAUCCGGCAUUACAGCAAUCACCCAAAUUUGUGAUGUCAUUCCUGAGCGAUGAUCCAUCACAGGGUUGUUUAGCUUUGCCAGACCAGACCUCCUCGCAACACCGGCCAUGCCGUGGUCGGCAUCCGGCCACCGCCAUGGCCGUGGCCUCCUGCUCCUCCUUGCCAUGGUGGCGAGCCUCUCCACCGUCCUAACAUCCCAGGACAGCCAGUUUACGUGGUCCGACUGCCAAUCAUCGGCGCCGCCUUCUCCAGCUCCCUCGCCGUCGUCGUCCUCCUCCACCAACACCACGUUCUGGUCCAACGUGGUGGCCCUGCUGGACGCGCUCCCCUCCGCUGCGGCUCCCACAGGCUUUGCCUCCCUGUCCCGUGGCAACGGCACCGACCGCGCCUUCGUCAGGGGACUCUGCCGCGGCGACUCCUCUCCGGCCAACUGCGCCACCUACCUCAGGAACGCGGCGCUGGGCAUCCGGAGCCGCUGCAACAGCAGCCGCCGCGCUGCCAUCUGGUACGACGACGGCUCCGGCGUGUCGGUCCCGGCGCCAAUGUUCUGCUUCGUGAGCUACGCCGACACCAACGCGUCCACCGCCUACGAGGACGCGUUCCGGCAGCCGUUCCAAAACCGGGCCGAGGUCUCCGACACGGUCACCUUCGAGAGAGCGUACAACGAGCUCAUGGGUCGCCUCGCCGCGCGCGCCGUCAACGGCUCCGGCUCCGGCACGCCAUCGCCGGCGCCGAUGUUCGCAACAGGGGCCGGCGUGUCUGAUCCCGCCGCGCCCAACGGCACCAUGUACGACGGGCUGCUGGAGUGCAUGAGGGAUCGGACGGCGGCGGAGUGCGAACGGUGCUUGAAUGAUUCGGUGCGCCUGCUGCCGAGCUGCUGCUAUGGUCACAAGGGAGGGCUGGUGCUCGCCUACAACUGCUACGUGCGCAUGGAGAUAUACCCUUACGACAAUCUGGCACUCGACGGACCACCGGUUCUAGCGCCAGCUCGGUCGAUGAUCUUCGUCGGAGAAACGCAAGAAAAAAAGCGGAUGAAUGUGACUCUCGCCGUCGCCAUCCCUGUUGGAACAGUGCUCGCCGUAGUCGUCAUCGUUGGUGUUUUCCUGUACAGGAGGAGAAAGGUCAACCGGAAGAAAACAGGACCAGGUUUGUCUAUGAGAGACAACAGCAGUAUCAAAGAAGACGACAUCGGAUAUGUCGAGCCCGAGCAACUUAAUCUCGUGGUGUUAAGAGCUGCAACAAACAAUUUUUCGGAAGAAAACAAACUUGGAGAGGGAGGUUUUGGAGAAGUGUUCAAGGGAACAUUACAGGACGGGCAACAGAUAGCUGUGAAGAGGCUUUCGCAGGACUCCUCACAGGGGUUCCAAGAGCUUAAGAACGAGCUCGUGCUUGCUGCCAAGCUCAAGCACAGGAACCUGGUCCAGCUCCUAGGGGUGUCCUUGCAAGAAGAGAAGCUGGUCAUCUACGAGUACAUGCCCAAUAGAAGCCUAGAUACCUUCCUUUCCGAUCCAAUGAGACGGCAGCAGCUGGAUUGGAGCAAGAGGUUUUCCCUCAUCUGUGGUAUCGCGCGGGGACUUCUUUAUCUCCAUGAGGAGUCCCGCCUAAAGGUCAUCCACAGAGAUCUAAAGCCGAGCAAUGUAUUGCUUGAUGCGGAUAUGAACCCCAAAAUUUCAGAUUUUGGAAUUGCCAGGGCUUUCAGCGUAGACCAAUCUAGAGAUAUAACAAGACGACCUGUUGGAACCCUCGGGUACAUGUCCCCAGAGUAUGCCUACUGGGGGCACGUUUCAACCAAGUCGGACAUAUUCAGCUUCGGUGUCAUAGUCCUAGAGAUGGUGACCGGGCGAAGGAACAAUAGCGCGUACAGCGACACUUCAGACUCGAUAUCUGUUCUCAGCCAUGUCUGGGACAAGUGGAGGGCUGGUUCAAUGGUGGAUGUCGUAGACCCAUCACUGGCUGAGUCUGGGUACCCGGAAAGCGAGGUCCUCAACUGCGUAGAGAUCGGGCUCCUAUGCGUCCAGGAAAACCCGAUGGAUCGGCCAGACGCCUCAGCAGUGGUGCUUAUGCUCAGCAGUCCGACCUCAACGUCUGAUGACAGAAGAGCCCCAUCUAGACCAGCCUUCGUCUUCAGCUCCGGCUUAACUGAAUCAGAUCACCCAUCAAGAUCCGGUGUCAGGAGCUCUGAUGGUGUGAUGCUGAUCAGCAAUAAACUAUCUUCGACGACCACAGUUUCAGAGAACGAGAUGUCGGUCUCGGAGCUUCAACCGAGGUAGGUAAGUGUUGCAUAGAGUGCGGAGCACAAGCUGCUAGCUGUGUUCCAUACGACCAAUGAUUAACAUUGAUCCUAAAGCAUAUAUAGCUGGUAAAGAAAAAUUCAGAAAACAUUGUAAGGUUUUAUUACUCAUUCAUCUCAUUUGAUCAAAGUUCUGGUCACCAUUCAUA